UUUCACCGUUUUACAAAUCUAAUUCAUCACUACUCACAAAUCCUCACCGUAGCUAGCAAGUUUCACAAAUCUUCUAAUUUUCACGUUUCACACAAAAUCUCCCUAAACCUAACCCCCGAUUCAUCACAGUAGCUAAGUUCCACGAUCAAAUUUUCACGUUUCACACAAAUCUCCCCAAACCUAACCCCCAAUUCAUCACAGUAGCUAAAUUUCCAGUCGCACAAUCCACAAAUCUUGAUAAUGGAUGAUCAAGGUCAAGAUAAAGUGGAUGAUACCAAGGAUCUGCAAAAAUCGAUGACUGAGGCUCUGUCUCCCAUCGAAAAGAUGCCAACCCAUCUACUACAAAAUAUUCAAGGGGCACUAGACCAAAAAGAAGCGGGGCGAACCGCGCUUGUGUCAAAACUAUGUAAGCUGGCUUGGUGGACUAUGUCUACCCUCGACUUCAAUGAUAUGGAUUAUGGGGACUCUCUUACUGGAGUGGCAACCAGGGUUUUGGAUAGGUACAAAGAUGAAAAUCUGAGGGUGGGAUCAUUCAGGCUGUGGAGCCACACAAUCAACCAUAAUGAUGCAAGGAAUUUAAUUAGGGAUGCAAUCAAUUUGGGGGCACGGGAUUUGGCGAUAUGUGUGGGGCCUGUCGGUACAGAAAAGUUAGUACUUCCAGAAGAAGUUCUUGGCUCACCUACCCUGGUGAAGCUCUGCGUGGUGGGAUGCCAGGUAGAUUUUAGAGUUGAGGUAAAAUGUAAAUUCUUAGAAAUGCUUCAUAUUGCUGAUCUAUCUACCUAUGGAGACAUAUUCAAUGACUUGAUUUUGAAAUGUACCAAACUGGAGAAAGUUGAAAUGGGGUACAUAGUAAAUAUGAUUCAAGAAACAAAUAUGCUUGGCCCCAAUUGGGAGAACAUGAUUGGAAAAACUAGUCUGCAAUCCCUAGACCUGGUAGGUGUGGAUCCUGUAGAAAAUAUUACUAGGUUUGAGGUGUGGGCUAAGUUUCCUGUGCUGAAAUCACUAGAGAUUCUAGACAAUUACUCCAACCUUAAUUGGGCUGGUGUAACAAUUUGUAGCCCCACCUUGGAGAGUAUCAGUCUUAAUUUGUUUGAAAGUGAAUUAACUCAAGCCAAGUUUGAAGUUCCAAGUAUUAAAGAGUUCGAGGUGGUGGCUAAAAGCACACCGGGAGUUGAGUCCUUCAAGACAAAUUCUGUUGGGUGGGAUUGCAAUUUGGAGAUAGCCUGUGUGGAGACCACACAAGCUUGGUUUCUGGAUUUGAAGAAGCUUUUGAAGAUAUUUAGCUCAGCUGUUGUGCAGCUAACAAUCAGGCUCAACUAUACGGAUGCCCCCCCAGAUUUUGUUUUUCAUGCACAGGAACCAAAGGUUUUACACCGGAUCAAAGUAUUGAAUAUCGUAGCAAGUAAGGAAGAGCUUGUUCCUGGAUUCCUACGUUCACUUGGAUGGUACAUCAGCACUAACACACUAUACCUAGGUGAACAAAACAGGCCCGACCUACUCAACGACAUGCAACCCUUACCACCUCCAUAGGUGUGAAUGUUACAACAACAGACAGAGGAGGUGUGAAAAAUUUGGACAGGAACGUGUAAUCAUGUAGAAUUCGAAAGGUUCCUUAUACUCUCUAAAAUGAUGUUACAAGUGUUUU